AUGGAAAUAGGGCGAGCCGAGCAAGGAUUUAGAAAAUUAGCAUUCUAUAAACAAGAUGAUGGUGAGGAUUCCUCUGUGUUUACAAUUAAACUACAUAUUGGGGGUAUUUUAGUUUGGAAGCCAAAAGUUGACUAUAGGGAUGGGUUUGUUGAGUACUUUGAUUAUUUCAACUGUGAUGAGGGAAGUUUACUGGACUUAAGAAGGAUGGUGAAACAAUUAAGGUUUUGUGACAAGAAGGUCCAGUUCUGGGUUAAGGUUAAAGGUAAGCCAAAAAGCAGAAAAACUGAUUUGAGGAAAGUGACCAAUGAUGCUGAUAUUUUAGUGCUGAAUUUAGAGGUUCCUAGAAACAAAGAGUUGGACAUUUAUGUUGAACAUCUCUAUGAUGAUCAAUGGGAUUAUGAAGUAGAGAUCUCUAGGUCUUUGGGUGAUGAUGCACUACUUACUGAUGAGGGUAGUGAACAAGAGUCUGAAAGGGAAGUUGAUGGUCCAGAUACUGUGUUUGAAGAAGUUGAGGUAGAGGUGAAUGGUCCUACUGCUAAGAGGGUGGGAAAUGAGGCUGAGGUAGAUCUUAAUGAAGUUGAUUGUGUACAUUCUGAAGGAAUUUUUAGGAGUUUAGAUGAUUCAGAUGAUGAGAGGGAUUUUAAUGGUACUGCCACUGUGUUCCAAGAAAGAAACCUGAAAAAGGAAGGCUUCAAGUUUGUUUUGGGAAUGAUUUUUCAAUCUGCCAAAGAAUUUAAGUGGGCUGUAACAUAUCAUGAGGCAAUGAGAAGAAAAGAUGUGAAAUUUGUAAAGAAUGAGGGCAGAAGGGUUAGGGCCUGUUGUAGACACAAUGAUAUUUGCAAAUGGACAAUUUUUGGGUCAAGAAGCAAUCCUAGAUGUCCAUUUCAAAUUAAGACAUACAACCAUGAACACACAUGUGGAGACCAAGAUGAUAACAAGACAGUUAACUCAGGCUUUCUAGCAAGAUUGUACAAAGAGGACUUUAGAUUGAAUAUGGAUUGGGGAAGGAGACAGUUUCAAGAGCAUGUGCAGCAAAAAUUACAUUGUCAGGUAACAAAACAUCAGGCUUAUAGGGCUAAGCAUAAGGCUAGAAAGGAGCUGGAAGGGCAAGAUUCUGAGCAAUUCAAUAUGCUCAAUGAUUAUUGUCAGGAAUUAAGGAGAAGCAAUCCUGGGAGUACUGUCAAGAUGAAGCUUGAUACUGAAUUCAGUGUUAAUGGCAGACCUAGGUUUCUUAGGUUAUAUAUUUGCUUUGGAGCUUGCAAAGAAGGUUUUCUUAGUGGCUGUAGACCUUUUUUUGGGUUAGAUGGCUGUCAUCUGAAGGGUUGUCAGAAGGGAGGGCAACUUUUAACUGCUGUUGGUGUUGAUGGAGAUAACUGCAUGUUUCCUAUAGCCUUUGCAGUUGUAGAGGGAGAAUUGAAGGAGAGUUGGAAAUGGUUUUUACAGUUGCUGGACAGUGACUUGAACAUAUCAAGUAAUCCUCUUGCAUGGACUAUAAUUUCAGAUAAACAAAAGGGCUUGGUACCUGCUGUUGAGGAGUUGUUUGCUGGUGUUGAACACAGAUUCUGUGUUAGGCAUAUGCAUGCUAACUUUGUGAAGGAUGGAUUUACAGGAAAUGUUCUGAAGCAGAAGUUGUGGGCUGUGUGUAAAGCAACAACAGAGCCAGAAUUUAAAAGGAUUAUGGAAGAGUUAAAGGAAGAAAAUGCAAAGGCUUAUGAGUGGUUGGCUGCCAGGGAUCCUAAACACUACUGUAGGGCUUUUUUUAGCACAUUUCCCAAGUCAUAUAUGCUUUUGAAUAAUUUGUGUGAGUCUUGGAAUGACACUAUUUUGAGCUUGAGGGACAAGCCUCUUCUAACAAUGUGUGAUAAGAUUAGGCUAUAUCUAAUGGGUAGAAUGCAAAAGAAUAGAGACAAAAUGAAGACAUAUCCACAUAAACUUUGUCCCAAAAUAUCAAAGUUGCUUGAAGAGGCCAAGGAUAGGUCUGCUAGGUAUAGUACAUACAAGUCACAUGAUAAUUUAUACCAAGUGGAUGAUCACAACUUUAAGGCCUUCAAGGUGGAUUUAGCCCUCAAACAGUGCAGUUGUAGAGGAUGGGAUCUUACUGGCAUUCCAUGCAGUCAUGCUGUGGCAGCUAUUAGAAAACAAAGAGGAAGCCCUGAAGAUUAUGUACACCAAUGCUACACAUUGGACACUUAUCUGAAAGCUUAUGAGCCUGCAAUACUGCCUAUUCAAUCAGCAAAUUUAUGGGAAAAAGUUGAUCUUCCAGCACCAAUUCCCCCCAAAUAUAAGGCACAACCUGGUAGGCCUAAGAAAAAGAGAAAGAUUGACCCACUUCAAGAGAAAGGACAGCAAAGUAGUCAAGUUAGAACAAAGAAACUAGGGGAAGUCAAGAGGUGCAGAGUAUGUGGACUGACAAGACAUAAUAAGACAACUUGCAAGGCUAAAAAUCCACAGGUGUCUGAACAGGGUAGAAUGGAAAAUCAGAAUGUUGAAAGUGAAGCUAAGGCUGAGGUUGAAGGGCAGAAUGAGGUUGAGGUUGAAGGGCAGUUUGAAGACAUAGCAGUUGAAACACAAGUCCCGGCUUUUGUACUUGAUGAAAUGGGAUCUCAGGAGGUAUUGGGGUCUCAGUCAUCACAACCAUUGCACAACCAUAUUCCACAGGAAUCAAGUUAUAUUUCUACAGAAAGAACAACUUUAACUCCAACUACUGCUGAAGAGAUGCAUAGACUUGGCCUUUCAAGCAGAACUAUAAGUGUAAUUCAGACACUAGCCAGGCCUGGGAAUUUGGUGCUGCUCAAAAGGAAGAAAUGA